AUGAGUGCUGCUCCAACACUCUUUACUUCCCAGGACUACAUCUCAGUACCCUGCACUAUGAUGUCGCAAAUGUUCAAAGCCUCCACCUUCAGGUCUGCGAGUGUCCUGGGACAGGUAGCAAAGAGCCGCACACACACGCGCUACCUCGCUACCGUCCAAUCCAACACCGAACGCGCCAUCCCCAACCCUCAGCGCAGGUCGACUCCCAUCUCGACGGAGAGGGCUACAUUCACCAUCAAGAACGGCCCGAUCUUUACGGGCAAGUCUUUCGGCGCAAAGACCAAUGUCUCUGGAGAAGCCGUCUUCACCACCUCCCUUGUGGGCUACCCCGAGUCCAUGACGGAUCCCUCCUACCGCGGCCAGAUCCUCGUCUUCACACAACCUUUGAUUGGCAACUAUGGUGUUCCCUCGGACGCUCGCGAUGAGCAUGGCUUGCUACGAUACUUUGAGUCGCCCAACAUCCAGGCAUCGGGCAUUGUCGUCCAAGACUAUGCCAUGAAGCACAGCCACUGGACUGCAGUCGAGUCUCUGGCUCAAUGGUGCGCUCGCGAGGGGAUCCCUGCCAUCUCUGGAGUCGACACCCGUGAAGUCGUCACCUAUCUCCGUGAGCAGGGUUCUUCGCUGGCCCGCAUCACCAUCGGCGAGGAGUAUGAUGCCGACGAAGACGAAGCCUACAUUGACCCCGAGGCCAUCAACUUGGUCCGCCGUGUGUCGACCAAGGCACCCUUCCACGUCAGCUCGUCUCUCGGCGACAUGCACGUUGCGUUGAUUGAUUGCGGUGUCAAGGAGAACAUUCUCCGCAGCCUUGUCUCGCGAGGCGCGAGUGUCACUUGCUUCCCCUUUGACUAUCCCAUUCACAAGGUCGCCCACCACUUUGACGGUGUCUUCAUCUCCAACGGCCCUGGUGACCCUACUCACUGCACGGCGACCGUGUACAACCUGCGCAAGCUGUUUGAAACCUCUCAGAUCCCCGUCAUGGGCAUCUGCAUGGGUCACCAACUCAUUGCCCUGGCAGCUGGUGCUAAGACCAUCAAGCUCAAGUACGGCAACCGUGCUCACAACAUACCCGCAUUGGACCUUACCACGGGCAAGUGCCACAUUACCUCGCAGAACCACGGAUACGCCGUCGACCCCACGACGCUGUCGAGCGAGUGGAGGGAGUACUUCACCAACCUGAAUGACCAGUCGAAUGAGGGCUUGAUCCACAACUCUCGUCCCAUCUUUAGCGCGCAAUUCCAUCCCGAGGCCAAGGGCGGACCUCUGGACUCUGCCUACCUGUUUGACAAGUACAUGGACAAUGUCCAGCAGUACAAGGAGCACCAGGCCUCCUUCUCCGACCGGAACAACAAGCCCAGCCCCCUGCUCGUCGACUUGCUGAGCAAGGUCCGCGUCGGCGUGCACCCAGCCCAGCCGGACUUUGAAGGCCACGCACCUGGAAAGGUCGAGGAUGUCAAUGUUGGCGGUCCCGUUGCACCUUCGUACCAGCCCAUUACCCAGAAGCCUAUUGCGGCCGCCGCUUAG